UGGCCGUCGGUUUGAUAGCAGCCACCUUCCGACUCUCUAAAGUCGUUCGAUUGUGAUAUCGUCCUUGGUUCCCCGAACCGUUGGAAACGUUUUCACCUUGGACUACCUCUCUCACUUGUUCCAUCACCUCUCUCUCCCCUUCCCUCGCUCACCGCCCAGGGAUCCCCACGGCGACGCGACGCCGGGAGCGCAGGCAUCGAGAUCAGAUCGACCCCAACCCCUCCCCGACGUCACGCAAUCAUGAUAUCCGACUUCCAUGCGACCCGUUGCGAUGCCUGAGUCACACCUAGGCCAAGGAAUCAUUUGCGCUACUAGAAAUACACACACAACCUACAUCCAGCAUGGAUGAUUCUACAUCUGCUCAUCCGCGUUUCCCGCCGCCGAGACGGGUUGCGACGGCUCCAACCACCCUACCAGAACCAGCUGUCACCAGCUCCUCCUCGACAUCUGCCACUUCCCUCUCCGAGGGUCUUGUCGAGACCCUCUACAGCCACCCUAAUGUCAAAAUCAUCGCCUUCACCGCCGCUGGGAGGGCUUUCCGGGGUUCCGGCUUCCCUAGCGGUGAAGCACCUGGCACUCUCUCGUGGUCCUCACAUGUCGAGAGGACUAUCGCUGUCGGCCCGUUUCGAAUCUACCGGGCACCCGGGUCCGUCUCAUUUCUAAACUGCGGCUCUGCCUUGCAGCCCAUUCUGCCCAAGAGCCAAGUUUGGUGCAUCGACGAGAUCAAUAGCAAAUUUAUCCUGCAAAUUCGUCGACCUAGCUACUGGAGGAUAGAACUCCCGGUGGCCGAAGCCGAAGACCAGCUCCGAGCAGAGGCACUCAGGGAGGUCUUUGAUAAAAUCCUACAGUUUGAAAAGACAGAGUGCCCUUUCAAAAGGGCUUUUACGGUUGAACUCCCCGAGCCUCCCGAGACUCCAGUCAAGUACAAGCCUUGGACACCCGUACGAAGAUCGAUGCCCAAUACCCCGACCGAUGAGGAGGAUGAGGAAGACGACGACGAGGAUGACGACGACGAGGAUGACGACGACGACGAUGAUGACGAGGAGGAUGAUGACGAUGAGGAGGAUGAGGACGACUCUGACUCUGACUCCUCUGACGAGGAUGCCUCGCCUACCUCACCCGUUGCUACACACCCCCGACCAACAACCCCGACACCUUCUAGGGAUAAGAAAACCCCUGGCGAUUCUAAGAGCCCAAGCACGCCUUGGUAUGUCCGGGCCCAGGUCGACGAAUUAGAAACUAAGAUCGGGAUUGAGGGCACAGAAUGGAUAGACAUCUCCAACGCGACAUGCCCUUUACGCCCAUCGGGGCUACAUGGACAAGACAACCAAUCAAAUGAGCCCCGAAGUCCAAUUAGCGAUGCGGAAUGGCAACAAUAUGAUGCUCUCGAGUAUCCUCAUCAUACAGGGAGAGGCCCGUCGAGUCCACCACAUGAUGAUGAUGAGUCUCGACAACCACUCUUCCAACCCUUACUUGUUCCAUCAAACCCUCGCGAAGGCCUAUAUAUUUCCACACAAUUCCAAAACUCACCUGCCGAACUCACCACCCCCAAGGCACGAGUUCCUCCAACUGCCUGGAUUGGCGCAGAGCCACCGGAGCUGCAGGACGAAGGGCUAUCGAAGUCACCUCCAGAAGAUGACGGCUCGACCUACGAAUUACAUGAGGGCACUGGGAGCCAGAGAGAUCGGAUGAAGGCCCGGCUGCGGCGAACUGCAGGGUUUGCUGUAACACGAUCAGCGACGCUGCCAUCGCAUUUUAAAUUGCCGGCAGACCAGUCCCCGAAAUCCAGCGCUUCAUCGUCUACCAAUGCCAGUGGCGUUGAGGAGAAGGAUCUUCGCCGUGACAGCGAAGAGUCUUUCCGCAGUGUGCAGUCCCGACACUCAACUGUUCUGCCAUUAUCAGUGUCACCUACCAUAGCACAGCCUAACGCCAACGGAACGAUAACAGCUGAUCACGACACGGUAUCGCAGGGGGGAGAUGUUUCGGAGACGAGAAGCGGUUGGGAAACGGGAUCUGAUAGAGGGAGCUCGGCCUCGCGUGAGAGCGUUGCCACCGCCCCAGAUGAUUCACCACCAAUCAAGAUCGUGGGUGCGUUUCCAACUAGCAACACCCCCGAGGUUGUUGAGGAGCCCCCUGCUACAAUAGCCAAGCCUCAACGGCGCGUAACAAGACAUCGAGCAACCACAGGUAGCAUUUCGGUAAGACAUCGACCUUUUUCGCCUCUCCCUUCGGCAGCGAACCUCUUUGCCCCCGCUCCAACGGUGGAGCGGCGACCCCACGAAAGCAAGUUGGAAGCCGCCAAGUGGCUCCCCAUGGCCAUUAUACUCAAGACACUCGAAAUGCUAUUAGGUCCCCCAAGCUAUCUCAUCGCUCUGAUGCUCAAGGUGGCCGCGAAGAUUGUUGCUGGAGAGUGGAGAGGCCUCGUGUUUGGAUACGGCGACGACGGUGAGGAAAUUCCGGUCCAGUGGGACUAUUCGGACGGCGAGUUGAGUGACCUGAGUGACGACGAUUCGUAUAUGGGCGCUCACCCCAGCCGGAAUAAUCGUCGACGCUCUCGGGCUGCAACUAACGAGGAGAGGGCGGCGGACAGUCCCAACGGCUCGGAAGACAGCCGGAACUGGGGCGUGGAUUGAUCAAGGAGGUCGCAGGAUAUUACGUCGCCUUGUAAUCAUGGAAUGUAAGAUAUGAGAAAUUCGAGAGGAGCAGGUAAUGUGAUGAACCGAUGUAGUGUGAGCUGUACGAGCUGACUGAGUGGAGCACAUAUGGGCCCGGGAGUUCGACUUGAUGGCGUUGGAUAUUGUGGAUGAGCCUUUUAAUUGGCAUCGUUGCUCCAGGACCUAUUCAGAGGGUUGUCAAUGACGUUUUGG